GCGCAGGACCGGAAGUAGCGCUCGCGGAGUCCCGGGACUGAUCCUCAGUUUUACCUGACUUCUGCAUGUUGUCAUCUCGUGUACGCCUGGUCGCCACGACAGCCCGCCUGGUCCGUUCCCUGAUCUACAGUUCUUCCCGCUCCUUCAUGGAUCUGAAGGCUCUCCUUUCCUCCUUGAAUGACUUUGCAUCCCUCUCAUUUGCUGAGAGUUGGGACAACGUUGGCUUGCUGGUGGAACCGAGCCCGCCGCACACUGUAAACACGCUCUUCCUGACCAAUGACUUGACGGAGGAAGUGAUGGAGGAGGCGCUGCAGAAGAAGGCGGAUCUCAUCCUCUCCUACCAUCCGCCUGUUUUCCGACCCAUGAAGCGCAUCACCUGGGAGACGUGGAAGGGGCGCCUGGUGAUCCGGGCACUGGAGAACAGAGUUGGGAUCUACUCUCCUCACACUGCCUAUGACGCUGCUCCUCAGGGGGUCAACAGCUGGCUGGCUAAAGGGCUUGGUGUUUGCACCUCCAGGCCCAUCCAUCCUUCCAAAGCUCCUGACUACCCCACGGAGGGAACUCACAGAGUAGAAUUCAGUGUUACCCACACCCAAGACCUGGACAAAGUCGUUUCUGCACUGAAAGAAAUUGCAGGUGUAUCUGUCACUUCUUUUUCUGCUAGGACUGAUGACGAAGAACAAACACGGCUUAGUCUGAAUUGUACUCAGCAAGCUUUGAUGCAGGUGGUGGCUUUUCUUUCCCAGAAUAGGCAGUUUUAUCGGAAGACUGAAAUUCUGUCCCUAGAGAAGCCUCUACUUCUCCAUACUGGGAUGGGACGAUUAUGCACACUGGAUGAGUCUGUCUCCUUGGCAACCAUGAUUGAGCGAAUCAAAAGCCACCUAAAACUAUCUCAUGUCCGCCUUGCUCUUGGAAUAGGGAAGACCUUAGAGUCCCCAGUGAAAGUCGUGGCUCUGUGCGCUGGUUCUGGGAGCAGCGUCCUGCAGGGGACAGACGCCGACCUUUAUCUCACAGGUGAGAUGUCCCACCAUGAUGUUCUGGAUGCUGCUUCCCAAGGAAUAAGUGUCAUCCUCUGUGAACACAGCAACACUGAACGAGGCUUUCUUUCUGAUCUUCGAGAUAUGCUGGGUGCUCACUUGGAGAAUAAGAUUAAUAUUAUCCUGUCAGAAACAGACAGAGACCCUCUUCAUGUGAUAUAAGGCUUGCAGGAACAGCCCGAUAACACAAUAUAGAAAGCAGGUGUCUCCCAGUGUGAAUCCAUUACAUGAAUCAGUGGGGUUGGUAUCCUUCCAAAAGAGUAUCUUAGAAGGUACAUUAGCAUUUCUGGUUUCUUAAUCUGCUUCUCCAGAUGUUCUGUAGCUCAGACGGUAAAAACUAUAAUGUAAUUACCACUGAAGAAUAAAUAUUAUAAAGGACAAAUUAAAGAAUA